AUGAAUUCGCUUAUUAGCAGUCCCUUUGAUAUAAAAACCUUUGACAAAACGGUUCAGUCUUUUUACGAAGGAGACAACGUAACGAGACAAAAAGCUCAGACUGUCUUGACAGAAUUUCAGAGAAACCCUGAUUCAUGGCAAUUGGUUGACCAAAUAUUAGAACAAUCUACAAGCCCACAAGCCAAGUUUAUUGCAUUAGGUAUAUUGGAAGAUUUUGUCAUUGUACGCUGGAAUACAUUGCCGAUGGAGCAACGCUUAGCUAUGCGAAAUUAUAUUGUCAAGAGUAUUAUCGACCUUUCAUCGAACGAAUUAACACUCCGGUCCGAGAAGACAUACAUCAAUAAACUGGAUCUCGUUCUGGUUCAAAUAUUAAAGAAGGAUUGGCCCCAAUAUUGGCCAUCAUUCAUUCAAGAAAUAGUAGACUCUAGUUUGGUGAAUUCUAGUUUAUGCGAAAACAAUAUGAAGAUCUUAAAAUUGCUAAGUGAAGAAGUUUUCGACUUUUCGGUGGAUCACAUGACGAUGGCUAAAAUGCAAAAAUUAAAGAACCAAAUGGUCAAUGAAUUUGGAUCUAUCUUUGACCUCUGUAAAAAAGUUCUAUUAACCCAUACAGCGGCAGCGACACAUUUGGUCCAGGCAACAUUAGAAACAUUACUGAAGUUUAUCAGCUGGAUACCGAUCCAAUUUGUUUACCAGCAAGAUUUGGUGCAAAUACUUGAAUCAAAUUUGGCAGGAUUACCCAUGCAACGAAAUUUAUCACUGCAGUGUUUUACGGAAAUGAUUCAAUUAGAAAUUGUAGAUCAGCAGUAUAACGAUGUCAUUCUAAAUAUAUAUACUAUUGUAAUUAGAGAGAUGACUCGUAUCAUACCAAGCAAUGUAGAUAUAGCCCAGCUCUAUGAAAUAUCCAGUAACGAAGAUCAACACUUUAUUGAGGCAUUAGCCAUAUUUCUAUCAACGUUUUUAGCAAAAUAUAGGCUCCUUGUCGAAAAAACACAUUGGGGUCAAGAAAGUGUACACAAGACUUUACAAUAUUUGCUAAAAUUAUCUCGGGUACACGAACGCGAGAUAUGGAAAAUUUGUUUAGAGUGUUGGGGGAAACUAACAUACGAUGUUGUUCAAGAUAUGAACCAUAACCAAGUGACGCCAUACGAAGACAUACUGAAGCAAUUAGGAAUUGUUUUAAUCGAAAACAUGGUUAAGCCAGAUGAUGUGUUUGUAAUUGAAAAUGAUGACGGAGAAAUCACAAGAGGUUUUGUGAAGCAAAGCGAUACUACCGUGCUUUCCAAAUCUAUGCGGGAUGUGUUCAGCUCACUUACUAAUAUAUAUCCUGCCUAUAUCCAAAACCUUAUUCAGGAAAAGCUUGCUCAUGUGUUUACGUCAAAAGUUUGGUCUUGGGAUGAGCUAUUUCGUGUUUGCUGGACCAUUGGAUCAAUCUCUGGCGCAAUCUCUGAGCAAAAAGAAAAUCAAUUUUUGGAAUCUAUACUCGCCAAAGAUUUGGUUCAAUUAUUACAAAAGGAGGAACGUAUCAACCCUAACAGUGACCAGGAAUGGGUGGUCGCUUCUUGUUUAUUAUAUAUAGCUGGUCAAUAUGUACGGUUCCUCAAGUCUCACUGGGAUCUCCUUUCAUUUCUAUUACAAAAAAUAUUUAUCUAUAUGCAGCAUGAUCAAGUCAGCGUCAGAGACAUGGCAUGUGACUCCUUCUUAAAAAUAUGUCAGGGUUGCAGACAGGAUUUAUCUAUUCCGCGAGGAGAUAGGCCAUCUGUCUUGGAAUCUUUAUUGAUAGACCUAGGAAGUAUGACUGCGCGACUUGAUUCUAGCCAACUUUGCACCUUUUACAAGGCAAUUGGUAGCAUUAUUUCUGAGUCACCUACCGGUACACAACAUCGAUCAGUAAGUCUACUAAUGGCUAUACCAAAUGAAACCAUUGCACAAGCCCUUCGUAAUCCUACCACUCCUUCCGCACUAAAAAUCAUUAUUAAUGUGCUUAAAGUCAACGUCGUAACAUGUGAAUCUAUCGGUCCGAUUUUUCGCACCCAACUACAGAUAGCUACACCAAUUUUAAUUCAAUGCUAUAGAAUUUCCAGUCGACAACCAAAGGAGCAACUUCACAAACGAAUUAGACAAUUGAUUUUGGAGUUGCUGGAAACAUUUGUAAUUUCCAACGAAUGUCUUGAGCUACAAGACCAAACUAUGCUAUCUGAAUUGAUUCAAGUAAUUCUGAUCGAUUAUAAGAGCACAAUUAAUGAAAAUAGAGACCCCCGUGUUUUGAGUUUAUUGACGAGUAUGUUCGAAAAAAUGCAGGAUCCAAUCUGGCCAGAUUUACUGAAAGAAACUAUUGGCAUUGAAUUUGAAUAUACACUACCCAUGAUUACAUCCAAUUUUGUGGAUUAUCCUGAAUUCCGUCAUGAAUUUUAUAGAUUAUUACGUGUAUUAAAUAGACGAUGCUUCGUAGAGUUAUUCCAGUCAUCCGAAUUAUUUCAGCUUGUCAUUGAUAGCAUCAUGUGGGGAACCAAGCAUACAAUCCGAGAAAUCUCACAAAUCGCAUUACAAACAUGUUUGGAUAUGAUCAAUGCAGUUGCACAGCUUGAGGAUGAAGACAUUUCAUGUCAGUUCUUUGAAACAUAUUAUGUGCGAAUUCUUAGAGACAUCCUAGAAGUCCUGGUGGAUCCUGAUUGUAGAAAUGGAUUCAAUUACCAAAGCCAAGUACUAUCCAGAUUAUUCGAACUUGUACAAGAAGGAGAAAUCUAUACUAGGUUAUUCAAUCCGAACGAAGUCUCCAAUCCACUCAUGUCGAAUACUGAGUUCCUUCAACAAUAUACUUUGGAACUUUUAUGUACCGCAUUCCCUUUACUUCAAAAGGAUCAAAUCGAGGUUUUGGUUAUGGGUAUGUUUGAGUACAGUGGUGAUUUACAGAGAUUCCAAAAUGACAUUCGAGAUUUUCUUAUUGACAUUCGCGAAGUUGGUGAAAAUAAUAUUGGUCAGCAAAGAGCCCAGGAAGAAAUUAAUGCAGAAUUAGAACUGUUAAGAGAUUUAUAA